AUGAAACUCUUUGCGUUCGGCUCAAAUGGCUCCGGUCAGCUAGCCCUCGGUCACACAGAAGACGUCUCAUCUCCAACACAAUGCCUCUUUGACGAACCACCAGCCACAGGCGAUGCCAUCGUCCACAUCGCCGCUGGAGGAAACCACACGCUCCUGCUGACAGAAAGCGGAUGCGUGUAUGCAGCUGGAUGCAACACUGAUGGCCGAUGUGGUCUCGACACGCCUGAUUCUGAAAAUUUGCUAAGCUUCAGAAGGGUUGUUCUGAGGGAUGCUGAAACGGGGUCUCGCAUUGAUACCUUCAAGUGCGUGUCUGCGACGUGGGAGGGAAGUAUCCUGGUUGCGAGUGUUCAGAAAUCUGCAGAUAUGGGUGUACGCGAGGAUAAGGUGUUCGUUAUGGGGUCGAACCCCAAAGGCGAAUUGGGUCUGCAGCUUCAAUCUACCUCCACGCCUGGUGACAAUGUGAUUCGGCCCGGAUCGUCUAUUCCGGACUUCCUACCGCAGGGUACGAACGUCAUUGCACUGGCUAGUGGAAUGGGUCAUACGAUCGCUGUUCUGUCAAAUGGCGAGGUCUAUGGCUGGGGUGGUUCGCGAAAAAGUCAAUUGGGCGAGACUCUCAAAGACCAGAAAAUCAUCUGGUCUCCGGCCAAGGUCGAGGGAAUGCCAUUUGCGGCUCAGAGUGCGGUUUGUGGGCGUGAGUUCAGUGUUGUCUGUGGAGAUCGCGGGAAAGGAGAGUUUGGUGUCCUAGGAGACAAGGCCAAUCGAUGGGGUGUUUUGGAUGUUCCAGAAUCUCUACGAGAUAUGGGUUCAAGUGGCAAUGGAGGACUUAUGGGAUUUUCGAGCAUCGGAGCAAGCUGGCAUGGUAUCUAUAUACAUGCUACCUCCCAAAGUUCCACUGCAGAACGCAAUUCUGUUCCUCUUAUUGCCUGGGGUCGCAAUGAUCGAGGCCAACUCCCACCUGACAACUUGCCACCCCCUGCCAAACUCGCUGUUGGAAGCGAGCAUGUGCUUGUGCUGAUGCGUGAUGGCGCGGUGGCUGCCUUUGGAUGGGGGGAGCAUGGGAAUUGCGGACCUGAUACGGAUGAGCGAGGGAACGUUGCGGGUCGGUACAGCUUGAUCCCGCUGGAUGAUGUUCUGGCCGGUGGUGAGAAAGUCAUAGGCCUCGGCGCUGGGUGUGCGACGAGCUGGAUUGUUACGGAGUGA